AUGCCAGAUGAUAAAGUGCAGGCGGGGUCAAAAAGUCAGGGACGGCUGUCAGGGUUUGGGGGAUCAGGACCGUGUGUGGUUGACGUACGGGAAGUGGAGAGAUACAGAGGUGGAGAGGUGGAGAGGUACAGAGGUGGAGAGAGGUGGAGAGGUACAGAGGUGGAGAGGUGGAGAGGUAGAGAGAUACAGAGGUACAGAGGUUCAGAGGUGGAGAGGUGGAGAGGUACAGAGGUACAGAGGUGGAGAGGUGGAGAGGUACAGAGGUGGAGAGGUGGAGAGGUACAGAGGUACAGAGGUGGAGAGGUGGAGAGGUACAGAGGUGGAGAGGUACAGAGGUGGAGAGGUGGAGAGCUACAGAGGUACAGAGGUGGAGAGGUGGAGAGGUACAGAGGUACAGAGGUGGAGAGGUGGAGAGGUACAGAGGUGGAGAGGUGGAGAGGUACAGAGGUACAGAGGUGGAGAGGUACAGAGGUGGAGAGGUACAGAGGUGGAGAGGUGGAGAGCUACAGAGGUGGAGAGCUACAGAGGUGGAGAGCUACAGAGGUGGAGAGGUGGAGAGGUACAGAGGUGGAGAGGUGGAGAGGUACAGAGGUCGAGAGGUACAGAGGAAGAGAGGUACAGAGGUGGAGAGGUACAAAGGUGGAGAGGUGGAGAGGUGGAGAGGUGGAGAGGUACAGAGGUGGAGAGGUACAGAGGUGGAGAGGUGUAGAGGUACAGAGGUACAGAGGUGGAGAGGUACAGAGGUGGAGAGGUGGAGAGGUACAGAGGUGGAGAGGUACAGAGGAAGAGAGGUACAGAGGUGGAGAGGUACAGAGAUACAGAGGUGGAGAGGUACAGAGGUGGAGAGAUGGAGAGGUACAGAGGUGGAGAGGUACAGAGGAAGAGAGGUACAGAGGUGGAGAGGUAGAGAGAUACAGAGGUGGAGAGGUACAGAGGUGGAGAGGUGGAGAGGUGGAGAGGUACAGAGGUGGAGAGGUACAGAGGUGGAGAGGUGGAGAGGUACAGAGGUACAGAGGUGGAGAGGUACAGAGGUGGAGAGGUACAGAGGUGGAGAGGUACAGAGGUGGAGAGGUACAGAGGUGGAGAGGGAGAGGUACAGAGGUGGAGAGGUACAGAGGUGGAGAGGUGGAGAGGUGGAGAGCUACAGAGGUGGAGAGCUACAGAGGUGGAGAGGUACAAGGUGGAGAGGUACAGAGGUGGAGAGGUACAGAGGGGGAGAGGUGGAGAGAUACAGUGGAGAGGUGGAGAGGUACAGAGGUGGAGAGAUACAGAGGUGGAGAGGUGGAGAGGUGGAGAGGUACAGAGGUGGAGAGGUACAGAGGUGGAGAGAUACGUGACUGA